CAGAAAAGAAAAGCAAAGAGAUGGCAGCCAUACACAAUCUGGCUUUCGAAGGUUGCCUUUACAACUCUUCUAGUUGAGUUUAGCACGGCGAUUCUAUAAGUGCUAACGUCUCCGAGGAUACAUAACCACCAGACUUCGCAAGUUAAUUGGUACUUGGAAUUGACUGGAUCUAACUCUAAAGUGGCCGGACUCUUCCAAUGACCUAAACAUCGAAUGAAAGCACGAUGGUCACGUGAUAUGUCUCAAAUAUCACAAUUGUAGAUGCGUAAAGCUUUCUCACCAACGAGAUUCGCAAGAUUGGGAAUACCGACCUGUAUUCGUACAACUCGAUCUUACUUACGAAAACGCUUGUCAUGUCCCAUCAAGUCCCUACCUAUUCUUUGAAUGAAUGCCAACAAAUCGGUCCCCACUAAAAGGGGUUGUGGGAAAAUGCAGGGGUCAAUAUUCCAUAUCCGAGAUGUCAACAAUCCAAUUGCUUUCUCGUGUUUUUAUCAGAGUCUCACGUACGGAGCAUCGCAUGAGUUUACCUAUCAACUAACGACAAGAUGUCCAGCUACUUUUCUCGGAUGACCUCAUAUCAUCCAUAUCAUCCUGUCGAUAUCAAUCUUUCCGGAAAGUAUGUGGAAAAUAGUUUCAGUCCAUCCAUCCUCGUUGUCACCUUUGGAACAACGUGGGCUUUGGUGCUCGGCGCAACACUUUUUGCGGUGAGGAGAUUUUAUCCCAGACUCAGUAUAAAGGAUCAAGGACUUGUUCUAUGGUUCAUCUUGACGGGGUCAAUUCAUAUCUUUUUUGAAGGAUACUUCGUCUACAAUCAUGCUCGAAUGGCAAGCAGGACAGAUUUCUUUGGUCAACUAUGGAAGGAAUAUGCUUUAUCCGAUUCGAGAUAUAUGUCCUCAGAUUCAUUUCUGUUGACCAUAGAGACAUGGACCGUCAUACUCUGGGGACCGCUAUCUUACCUCACAGCCGUAUACAUCACCCAAAACUCACAAUUUCGGCACACCGUACAAGCACUUGUUUCAACAGGGGAACUGUAUGGGAAUUUGCUGUACCUUGGCACUAGUCUACUUGAUGAGUACACCACUGGCAAACGAUACUAUCGACCGGAACCAUUAUACUUUUGGGUAUACUUUGUAUUAAUGAAUUCAAUAUGGUUGUUUGUUCCUGGGUUUGCCCUCUACGACAGUGUUAUGGCUUCCGCAAGAUCCUUCGAGUAUUCGGAUCCACCCUAUGCAGCAAAGCGCACCAGAAAAGCCAAGGAUGAUGGAGGUAAAAAGGAAAAGGAAUAUCGCAAAGUUCCUGCCUCUCAAGAAUCCGAUACACGGUCGAGAAGGGGAAAGGCUAAAUCAUAUAACGACGAUUAUUCGGGCUAGAUUCGAUCGAUGAUAAAUAUCGGCGGUUGGUAUGUUGAAACGAUGUUCCGCUAGUCGAGAACAUAUGCCUCGCCACGAUAGUUGGAUCCGAUCCAUCAUGCAUCAUGCAGUUGUAGAUCAAAAGGGUUCGGGGUUGGGGAGGGUGGAAAUAUUUGGGCUGGAUUCAGCAAACGUCGUUAUGAACUUAUGAUACCCUUUAUGAUUAAUGAGUACAUAUCUUGAGAUGGGAUUUGGAAUUGCCCAAAUCAAGUCACAUUCAAAUGUCAAGUAGAUAUACUUCGUUCAGGGACUUUUGUUUAAAAAAUGUUACAUUUUCGAUGGCAUUCUACUUUGGAUAUCAACUAUAUAUUUAGAACAAAGUACUAGGUAAAUAGUUAUAUUUAUAUGUAUUUGAGCAACUAA